AUGGAACCAAAAUUCACUAAAAGCAAAAGCUCAAGCCCUAAGAGCCCUACUUCACCAUUGCCGCGCGAGGAUUUCACUGAAGCUGUUGUUGAUGAUCCACCAAAGUUUGAUCUAGAAUCAUACCUUUCAAAUUAUGAAGGAAGGACGAGAUUUACCCGCCUUUACUUUAUCGGCACACGCUCCAGUUAUUUAGCUACCGAAGCGUUAAAACUAGCCUUAGUGGAAGCUCGGAGUGGAAAGGAUGUAAAGAACUAUCAAAAGGCGUUGGAAGCCCUGGUCAAAGUAGCGCCUUCGGAAACCGACACUACCCUUGAUAAAAUCUGGGUUGAACAAACACUAAAAAGCGUGAAGGCCGAUACAGACAGACUAGAGCAUGAGUUGAAGGGGUAUAAAAACAAUCUUAUCAAGGAAAGCAUCCGAAUGGGCAACGAAGAUCUGGGGUAUCAUUAUCACCAAAUUGGUGACCUGAGUGCGGCAUCUAAGGCUUACUCACGAAUGCGAGAUUACUGCACAACUACAUCCCAUGUUGCCUCGAUGCUAUUUAAGAAUAUCAAUGUUGCAGUUGACCGCGGCGACUGGCUUGCGGUUCAGUCAAAUGUCUAUCGUCUUCGAAACCUUCAAUUUAAACCAGAAGAUGAAACUAAGAACAAAGCAAAGAUGUGGGCAUCCCUUGGUUUAUCGCAGUUAGCGACCGGAGCUUAUUUUGAUGCCGCCAUGAGUUUUGUGUCCACUGAUCCCAACCUGGGCGAUAAUUAUAAAGAGAUAAUAUCUGCAAAUGAUAUUGCUGUCUACGGUGGGCUCUGCGCAAUGGCAUCGAUGGAUCGAUCUGAUCUUGUCAGCUACGUGUUGGAAAAUAAGUCAUUCCGAAAUUUCCUUGAAUUGGAACCACAUAUUCGACGAGCAGUUUCCUACUUCUGUUCCUCGAAAUUUCGGCCCUGUUUAGAGAUCCUUGAGAGCUAUCGCAGCGAUUAUCUCCUUGAUAUUUAUCUACACAAUCAUGUACACGAUCUCUACAGCCAGAUCCGCACUAAGGCGAUACUGCAAUAUAUCGUGCCUUAUAACCGAAUCGCCCUAAGAUCCAUGGCAAAUGUGUUCUCUCCAAAAGAUAUCAUGACCAGGACCCAGAGAGUGACAGAAAUUUGUUCCACAUUUUUGUUGGAACUCCUCACUCUCAUUCAGGAAGGCAUCCUUGAUGCCCAAGUGGAUUUGGAAAGAGACGUCUUGAUAAGUAGACAGAAAACUAUUCGAUAUGGAAAUCAUCAGGCAGCUCUUGAUAGUCUAUGUGACUACAUGGACACUGCACAUUUACAUUUAGUUCACUUAAACAUAUUGCAUGCUGGUUUGGAUGUUCCAGACAUUCAACAAUCAUUGUAA